AUGGGAGACGAGAUUCAAUACACGCCGACUGAGCAGCAGCUCACGCGUGUGCUCAUGAUUGAGCUUCUUGCGAUCAAGACGCAAGAUACCAUACUACGUGACUUUUCCACUGAAAGGCUCAUCGAAAUUGGUCCAGCGGAAACACUCACCAAUAUGGCCGCGAAAACCAUCAAAUCAAGCGGCUACGACAUCAGCGAUGUCGCCUUGGGCUUAGAAAGGCAGCUGCUGAGUUAUAAGAGGGAUAGGGAUGCAAUAUACUAUCGUUAUCAGGUCGAGGAAGGCGCAGAAAGUUCACCGGAACCUGCACAGCCUGCUGUGAGCGAAAUGCCGACCAAAGCUGAAGCCCCACGUCUCGCGAAAUCCGUGCAAGAAGAGGCUCCAGAAAUGGCCAUACAAACUCCCCAGAUUUCUAUCCCAGAUCAGCCCGUCACAGCUAUUGAACUUCUCACCGCCGUGGUGGCCCUAGCGCUGAAGAAAACUCCCAGUGAGGUUGUUCAGGACCAAACCAUCAAAGCUCUCAGUGGCGGUAAGUUACAUCACUCUCUUGUGAGUUGGCGCAUCUCGUGGACCUGGGUUAACAGCAGGCCAAAACCAAUGUCAGGUCGCUCCACGGUACAGAAUGAAAUCAUAGGAGACCUUAUUGAAGAAUUCGGUUGGCUGCCCGAUCAGCCUGAGGAAGUGCCGCUGGCCGAACUCGGCGACCUGAUCUCAAGCUCGCGUACCGGAAGCAAGCUGGGUCCAUGUACGAGCAAGGUCGUAGGAAAAGUGAUGUCGACGAAGAUGCCUGCCGGCUUUGGCGUGGCCGUUUCUCGUCGAUAUCUCUCAAGCAUAUGGCACUUCGCCCAGGGCUUGCAGGAUCGCACGUUGCUGCUGGCCGCAUUCCGCCCGCCGCAGACAAGGUUGUCGAAUGAAAAAGAAGGUCAGAGUUACCUCAACGAUGUCGCUCAGCAGGCUCUACUGGAUAUUGGCGUUCAACCCUCCGCCUUCAUGUCCGAAUGUAAGGAUCAACAUUCAAGGGCUUCAGACAUCGUCCCGUCGGCGGCUCUGAACUCCCUGAGAGCUGAACAGCACAAAAGAGACUUGGACUUGCUCAAAGUAUUUGCGAAGCGCACGGAGCAGGAUAUCCAUUGUGUCAGCGCAAAGGAAACAGGCAUGAAGAUGCAGUUGGACGAUCUCCAAGGCAGGGUUGAUGCAUGGUCCGCCGAGCAUGGCGAGGCCUACGAACGAGGCAUCAUGCCCAAGUUUGACAGCAAGAAGAUACGCAAAUACGACUCAUACUGGAAUUGGGUCAUCCAAGACCUCUAUGCGAUAUACUCCACCGCGUCCUCGGGAGACAUUAAGAAGAUUGGAGCUCAGGCGGAAGACAGCUACGGCCAUCUGUCGAGACGUGUUACAAGACAGCUGCUGGAUACAAUCCAACGCCUUCUUGACACAGUCGAGGACAUUACUCCUAUUCUAACAAGAAAGGCCAUAGAAUUAUGGCUGCAUGGUCUUCAAAAGGCCUGUAAAGAAGCCAGUUGUCAGGCGAGACCUAGACUCAAGUAUUCCGGAAUCUCCACAAUCCCGAUUCUCAACAUCAGCGAGGAAGGACGAAUAUCAGUGUCCACCAUACCACGUCAAAUUCCGAAGCAGUAUAGCUUCUCCGCCUCAUCGGACGCAGAUGCUGUUUUCAGCCUGCUCCAGACGGUUGAAAACUCCGCUGCCGAAUCUGCGCCAUCGACACCACAGUCCGCCGAAGCUGUAUCUCCACGGCUACCCCCUGCCAGCUGCGCCUGGACCCCGGAAAUGCAGACGAAAGCCCAAAAUGGAUGGCACCGCAACGAAAAAAUCACCGUCGCCUACACGCACUGUUUCCGCCAAGCUGCUACGGAAGGACUCUCCUUUCACGGGAAGACGGUUCUCGUGACUGGUGCAGGAAAGAAUUCAAUUGGAUUGGAGAUGGUGCGCCUGUGCCUCGCUGCAGGUGCUGCCGUCCUUGUGACAACGAGCUCUUAUUCUCAAGAUACCGUCGCUUAUUACAAGGAAUUGUAUCAGUUUCACGGCGCCCGAGGAUCGCAGUUAGUGGUUGUGCCGUGGAAUGGAGGCAGUUCUCAGGACGUGCAUGGUCUGGUGAGAUACAUAUAUGAAGAGAUUGGCUGGGAUCCCGACCACAUCCUUCCCUUUGCGGCCAUCAGCGUGGUGGGCCAUGCGGUAGAUGACCUUGACGACAAAUCGGAACUAGCCCAACGCGUCAUGCUCACCAAUCUCCUACGGCUUUUGGGCUGUAUCAAAGCAGAAAAGGCUCGGCGGCGCAUUCGGACGCAUCCAACGCAGGUGAUACUGCCCCUGUCGCCCAACCAUGGCAGCUUCGGUCAAGAUGGGCUCUAUGCUGAGUCCAAGUUGGCGUUAGAGGCGCUCCUGAACAAGUGGUGGUCUGAGGACUGGCGAGAUUAUUUGACCCUCUGUGGCGCGGUCAUUGGUUGGACCCGCGGCACGGGUCUGAUGCACAACAACGACGUGCUCGCCGCUGGUUUGGAGAAGGAUGUAGGUAUCCGCACCUUCUCAUCCACCGAGAUGGCGUGGAAUCUGCUCGCUUUGAUGGAUGUCAGCAUGGCCUCUUUCUGCGACACCGAGCCCAUCAAGGCCGACUUGAGCGGUGGUCUGUCGGCCCACAUGACUCUUCAGCCCGUCCUGAAGCAGAUUCAAAAUGAAAUUCAAUCCCAAGCGGCCAUCAAAAGGGCUUUGUACAGGGAACUGCAAGAAACAGAGCCAGCAAGCUCGUUAACUCCGCUUACAAAGGUGCCCAGGAAAGCAAGUAUUCGGAUGCAGAGCAUGGACUUGCCAGACUGGGAAGAAAUAAAAUCGACAGCUGAGCAGCUUGAUGGCAUGGUAGAUCUGAAUAGAGUAGUGGUGGUGGUCGGGUUCGGCGAAGCUGGCCCUUGUGGCAGUGCAAGGACGAGGUGGGAGGCCGAGUGCUCCGGCACUUUUUCCAUACACGGUUGCCUCGAGCUUGCGUGGAUAAUGGGCCUCGUCAAGUACCACAAUGGCCCGCUACAGGGCAAAGACUAUAGCGGCUGGAUUGACGUCGCAACCAAGGAGCCGAUUGCCGAUGCCGACAUCAAAGCCAAGUACGAAGAUCACAUCAUCCAGCAUACGGGAAUUCGCCUCGUCGAACAGCGGCAACAUGACCUGACAACUCCCGAUAGACAGCAGGUGCUCUGUGAGGUGGCCAUUAAAGAAGACUUGGAACCCUUCGAAGUGUCGCUCGACACUGCAAGAGACUUGCAGCGCGAGCAUGGAACAGAGAACGUUCUCAUCGGGACUGAAGUUGCCGAGGGUCAGGUAAUGGUCACCUUGCGCGCGGGAACAACGAUCUUCAUCCCUCGAGCGGCCAAGCUAGGGCGCGCAGUGGGAGCACAGAUGCCCCUGGGCUGGGAUGCUCGCACUUACGGGAUCCCCGAGGACGUCAUUGCGCAAGUUGACCCGACCACGCUUUAUGCAUUGGUGGCAACAGCGGAGGCCUUUUUGUCGUCCGGCAUCACGGAUGCGUUCGAGCUGUUCGACCACAUCCAUGUAGGCGAGCUCGGCAAUGCCAUAGGUUCUGGCUUAGGAGGCCAGCGUUCGUCGCAUGCCAUGUUCAAGCAGCGCUUUUUGGGCCGGCAGGUCCAGAAAGAUGUCUUGGCCGAAACGUUCUUGAACACAACGGCGGCAUGGAUAAACAUGUUGCUUUGCGGGGCCUCAGGACCUAUCCGCACGCCGGUCGGGGCCUGUGCAACGGCGUUGGAAUCGGUCGACACAGGCUUUGAUCUCAUCAUCAACGGGCGAGCAAAGGCGGUCCUCGUUGGUGGUGUGGACAACCUCGAACGGGAUAUUGCCCAUGAAUUCGCAAACAUGCACGCGACGGUCGACGCCAACGUGGAUGCUAGCGCCGGACGCAGUCCCAAGGAUGCGUCGCGGCCCACGACGACCACCCGUGCCGGCUUUGUCGAGGGCGAGGGGUGUGGAGUCCAGCUGCUCACUACUGCACAGCUCGCGCUGGACAUGGGAUUGCCUAUCAAGGCUAUCGUCGCGAUGGCACACACGGCGUCCGAUAAGGUGGGUCGGUCUGUGCCGGCACCGGGCAAAGGAAUUUUGACCGCUGCCACUGAGAAGAGAGGUGGUCCUGUAUCACCACUCCUUAGCUUGCCUUACCGCCGACGACAAUUGGAACACUCCUUACGCCAGAUCGAAGAAUACUGUGCAACUGAGGAUGGCUGGCUAGACGAAUGGUUAGCCGAGCAAUGCGUACGACCCGGCGAAACGGCCGCAUCUGAGAACGCGGAGGUAGUCGAAUCUGUCACCGCGUACCGAAGACAGGUCGACGCCGAUGCUCAGCGUUCCAUCCGAGACGCACGUUACAGAUACGGGAACGGGUUCUGGAGAGAUGAGCCUUCCAUAUCACCGUUGCGGGGUGCGCUUGCGGUGUGGGGGCUCACCGUCGACGAUCUGAGUAUCGCCAGUUUACACGGAACGAGCACGCCCAAGAACGAUGUCAACGAGACAGCCGUGCUCCAAACUCAGCUACAGUGGCUGGGGCGCAAGAAGGGCAAUCUCCUCCCAUGCGUCUCACAGAAGAGCUUGCUGGGGCAUGGGAAGGGGGCCGCUGGGGCAUUUGCAUUGAACGGCUGUCUGCAGAGUCUCAGAACGGGGUUCAUCCCCGGCAAUCGCAACGCGGACAACAUCGACUGCCAGCUACGGGAUCGCGAUCUCUUGUUCUUCCCGUCACAAACCUACCGAAGUAGUUCCGCCAUCAAAGCAUUCAGCGUCACGUCCUUUGGAUUUGGCCAAAAAGGCGCACAGGUCGUGGGAGUCAAUCCCCGAUAUCUCUUAGCCACUAUUGGAGAAGGGUCAUAUAAAACAUACAAAGCUAAAGUGAAAGACCGAGAACUGAACGCAAACAGGACGCUUCAGAGCGACAUUGCAGGGGGGAAAUUAGUUCGCGUGAAAGAACGGAGCACUUACAGCGACGACAUGGUGGAGGUUAAUCUUUUGAACAGGUGA